AGUAGCAAGAGGAAGAGGGAUGUGAUAUCCAAGUCCCAACGUUUUUGCAGAGACAAAAGUGGAAGGAAAAAAAACCCUAGCCCUAACCGAAAUGGGGGAGCCUGGUCCUGGUACAAGAGCAGGGGGUGGCUCGGCUGCUGAUUCAUACAUCGGAAGCUUGAUAAGCUUGACUUCAAAGUCUGAGAUACGAUAUGAGGGCAUAUUAUUCAGCAUCAACACUGAAGAAUCCAGCAUUGCCUUAAGGAACGUUAGAUCAUUUGGAACUGAAGGAAGAAAGAAAGAUGGUCCCCAGAUCCCCCCAAUUGACAAGGUUUAUGAGUACAUCCUCUUCCGAGGAAGUGACAUCAAGGAUUUACAGGUGAAAUCUUCACCACCUGUCCAGACAUCACAGAUACAUAACGAUCCUGCUAUUAUCCAGUCCCACUAUUCUCAUCCAACUUCUGUCCCCACGAGCUUGGCUUCUGCCGGAAGCGGGACAUCCACCGAUCCCAGCUCACAAGGGUCACAUUUGAACCUCCCUAGUAGGUCGACAUUUCAAGGUGCUCUUCCUUUGUAUCAGCCUGGAGGAGGCCCGGGAUCAUGGGGUACUUCUCCUGCCCCUCCAAAUGCAAAUGGUUCAGGCCUUCCUAUGCCCAUGUAUUGGCAUGGCCAUGGAUAUUAUGGACCUUCAAGUGGACUCCCCCAUCUACAGCAAAUACAACAGCCACCUUCUAUGCCUUUCCGACCACCUCCUGGCUUGCCCAUUCCUCAAAGCAUGCAACAACAGUUGCAACAUCCGGGCUUCCCUUCGUCCUUGCCUACAGGGUCACCCAGCUUGCCUGAACAAACAAGUUCUAGUGCUCCAUUAAGUGCCAUUGCCACUGAUUUGCUUGCUACUUCAGCUCCCUCUCAACUUACUUCGUUAGCGUCUGAAAUACCGACUGGCUUAUUGUUGAACAAGGCUCCUCUUACCUCUCUUCCUCCUCCUACCUCGACUACUAGUUUGCCAUUAAUUUCUUCAGUGAGUACCUCUGUUCAUGAAAUAAGUGCCAUGGUGACGCCCAUGUCCAGCAAGCCAAGGACAGUUCCAGUAUCAUCCUUUCCCUAUCAGUCCAUUUCUCAGCCUACGUCCUCUGUGAUGGGGUCAUCAUCGACAUUGGGGCGCUCAGAAACAUCAGCGACAUCCUCCUUGGUAACUGGUGGCCCACUGUUACAAAAUGGGCCCGCUGUAUCUUCAUCGACUAAGCAAUCAUUGGUGGGGCAGAAAGAUGUGGAUGUUGCUGCACCACCAUCCUCUGAAUCAGUGGUUGAUGUCCAAACGCCAAUAUUGCCCCUACCUACGCCGUCAGAUCAAAAGAUUAAUGGAGCAUUUGGAGUUCCUCGACCAAGCAAUAGGGGCCGUGAGAGAGGCAGGGGACAUGGGAAUAUGCAUCGCCCUGUUACCCGCUUCACUGAAGAAUUCGAUUUCAUAGCCAUGAAUGAGAAGUUUAAGAAAGAUGAAGUUUGGGGCCAUCUUGGCAAAAAUAAGUUACAGUCAAAGGACAAAGAAGAUGAUGAGAAAGACGAUGAUGAAGUUGAUGGAAGCGACGAUGAUGAAGAUUAUGGACAAGCAUCAAAACUGGAGAUUAAGCCUGUUUAUGUCAAGGAUGACUUUUUUGAUUCUCUAUCAUGCAAUGCUAUUGAUCGUGGUUCACAUAAUGGGAGGACCAAGUUCUCUGAGCAAAUGAAGAUCGACACAGAGACUUUUGGCAAUUUCCCUCGGUUCCGUGGUGGUCGUGGUGCUGGACGGCGUGGGAGUCCUCGCGGUUCUCAUUAUGGGGGAAGAGGGGGAUAUGGGUAUGGAGGUCGUGGUCGUGGUCGUGGUUAUGCUGCACUUAACCAGCACAUGUGAUUGUGUGUAGAGGUAUGGUGUUUCCUAGUGGUGUUUGAGGUUAAAAAUGCUUGCAUUUAAGACUGGAACAUUUUGAGAUUGUAGUGAUAAUAAGCAAAAGCCAUAGACACAUGGGAGUCUAGUAGGAUUGAAAAAAUAACCCUCUGUACUUGCCUUAUCUCAGAAGAUAUUAUGUAAGUGAGAUGGAAGCUCUGUUUUUUCAGAAUGAGCCUUCUGUCUAUAGUUUGGCUCUACAGUAAGUUUGUUGGAAGGGUUUGUAUAUACAGGUUGUUAUGCCAGUUGGGGGUGAGCUAUUGAAAGUUUGUGGUUCUUUUUGCUAA